AUGAAGUCUCCUCGUUUGAAAAUAUACUCAAAAUUGGAUUGGAAUGAAAACGAAAAGCUCACUGCCAUAAGGUGCGUCUGUCAGCUCUUAGAAAGUCAUCCAGACUUCAACUACAGCAAAGAGUUAAUAGAAGUUUUACCCUCUUACCUCAACAUUACAAAGACACAAGUUUCUUCAGUGAUAAUAAAGACUCUAAAUAACAUGUUUGAGAACGAUACUGAUCGGGACGUCACUCUAACGAUCUGUCGUACCAUUCAUCGCUUUUGUCGGUCAAAGUCUUAUAAAGUCGGAGUCUCAGUCAUCAAGGCUUUGUCCUGUGUCUCUAUUACAGAGGUCGAACGCCACGAAGAGGAAGGAAAGCCUAAGCUCGAUAGGCGUCUACGUUCACGGCGUGAAAGAAAAGAGUCCAAAAUGGAGCGCAAACUUCAAAAGGAAAUGGCUGAAACCCAGUCCCUUCAAACAAGAGAAAAACGUCUGAAAAUGAACACCUUGGUUAUGAAUGAAGUACUGUUUGUUUUCUUCAAAAUUUUGAAAACAACUUCUGACUCUGAACUUUUGUCUGCCAUUUUUAAAGGAUUAUCUAAAUACGCCAAAUUCAUCAACACACAGUAUGUAGACAAUCUUAUGUCUGUUCUAAAUGAAAUGGUAGCAAAAAAAUCAACCAGCAUUGUGGAUGGUCUACAUUGUGUACAUACAGCUUUGUCUAUCAUAUCGUCAUCUGAUGCGUCUGAUGUUCUCACUACAGAUCCUACUGCAUUUUGUAAUCAUCUAUACACUAUCCUGGGACGCAUCGCGGGUGUCGGUGUGAGUAAUAUAACAGAGAGUGACAAUGCAGUUUCUCACUUAUCUUCCGUAAUCAAAGCCUAUGAUCGCUCAAAUACCCCAGCUGCACAAGCUGUUGCCAAUCUUGUGCAACGAUCUAAAAUCACCGAAAGUUCAAAUAAAACUACAUGUUCAGAUGAAGUCACUUCUGUUACUGCCAGUAUAAGCAAUAGGAUCAGUGCAUACGAAAUGGAACAUAUCUCAGAUACCCUUAUAUCUUGUUUAAAUAUACUUCUUGUGAGAAGAAAACAUGAGGUUUCAACCAACCGAAUCCUCGCAUUCUCGAAGCGCUUAGCUAGCGCAGCUUUGGCAGUAUCAGAUCCAUACUGCUCCAGUUCCUUGCUUAUCAAGCUUUUUCAUCUUCUUCGUCUUUUUCCGCGUUGUGAAAUUCUAUUCGACUGUGAUCCAGAAAUAUGCAGUAACUAUAAACCAGAUGUAAAUGAUCCAGAAUUAUGCUUUCCUGCCAGCGCAUGUUUAUGGGACCUACUUCUAUUAAAAAGCAUUCUGAUCCCGUGGUAA